AUGGCGGACCUCGAGCGCAACGACCAGUUCGGCUUCCUGUACGAGAACCGCGACCCGUGCAACGCCAUCGCGCUGCUGCAGCUGGGUGUGACGCUCGUGUCCUUCUUCUUCACGUACACCGUGUGGUGGUCGGGCCUCUUCGGCGUCAUCGUGGCCGCCAUGGGCUACUAUGGCUCCGUGCAGCCCGUCAUCCAGAGCAAAGUCAGCUUCAUCCAGUUCUACUACUUCGGCAACUGCUUCAUGCUGCUGCUGCAGGCCAUUUCGGCCGUCGUGCUCUUCAUCCUCGUGAGCGAGUGGAAGGACUUCGACGCCUGGGCCUGGGGCGUCGUCAUCUUCGGCACGCUGUCCUUCGGCGUGCAGCUCUUCGUCACGUACGUGGCCAUCCAGCGCUCGCACGCGUACAGGGCGGAGCUCAUGAGGAACCCGCCCCCGGCGGAGAACGUCUACGGAGGGGGCUCGAGCGGGGCCGUGUACACGGCCAUGGGCGCCGGAUACAAGGCGCCGAUGGCGCAGAUCAAGACCAUUUAG